AUGACACUAACGCACAUUGCACAUUUUUCCCUCCACCUAGAGCUGAACGAUGUUGUCCGUGAGGGGAAUCACUGGCCUGUUGUGUAUGGUGUAGGAGUGAGUUUUGCAAGGAAUUCCUGCUUUGGUCCUGGACUCCUUGACAUCUACCCAGCCUCUUUUCCAAAAGAGAAUGAAUCAGUAAUUCCUCAGAUCACUCUCAGAGGCGCAAGACUCGUAAUGGACAAAACGAUGCGUAGUCUGUACGAUGGUAAGAAAAAGCAAAUGACAAUCGGACCAUAUGACUGGUUUUGGGAUUUUGUGAAGAAUGACGAUGACACCAGGGAUUUAACAGAUGGAGAAAUAAGAAGGAAUUUUUCGACUUCACCCCUGGUUGAAAAGCCAGAAUUCUCCCAAACGAUCAAGGAGCAGUACAAGUACCUCGCUGACAAUGUGAUCCUCAAAAGCACCACAAAUCAGGUCCUUUGUUACAGCUUGAUUCCAGAAGGAUGGGUGCCAUCAUAAAAAUAUAUACAUUUGAAAAGUAAAUUAAUAUUGGACAUCAUUAAAUUAUACAUAAAAACUGUAAGCACUUAUUGAUAUAGCACACACAUCAAUCAUAAAAAUUGUUUUCAAAGGUUUUUUUCUCUUUUAAGUGGAGGAUCGAUCCAAUAUAAAGAUGUACUCUUGAUUAAUAAAUCUGAUGCUUACCACCUUCCAACUGCUGUUGUGAAC